AUGCGCCAGCCACGCCACACCGCGCCGCUGCUGCCACUGCUGCUGCCGUGGCUCAUGAUGGUGGUGUGUUGCGUUGGUGUUUGCGUUGCCGCCGAUCGUGCAGUGAAGCACUGCUGUGGGUUUGACGCGAUGAUGAAGAAAUACGGCCGGCUGCCAACUGCGGUGGUGCGUGAGGUGCCGCGCCGGGGACAGGGCGCCGUGCAGGCGCACACCGCCGCCAGCGAGGAUGAGGACGAUGGCUGGGCUCCGAUCCGCAUCAGGGUGUCCGCGGAGGACAUGCACAAUCCGUUGAGGCACUGCACUGCGGCGGGGGAUCUGCGCAUUGACCACGAUGGCCGCGCAAUAACAUGCGAGGCGGAUGACGUGUUGACGGAGGAGAGGAGGAGCAUUGUUUUGAGGCAAACUCUCCCCGCCGCAAUUCAACUGCACGCGGAGCGUCUCUCCGUGAGGCCCGUGACGCGCCCCGUCCUCAUUCCUCGAACCGGUCUGGGGAUGUGCAAUAACUUCACCAUCCCACACAAGCACCACACGAUGGGUGUGGUUUGCGCCGACAUGAUUAUCUACGCGAACGGUUUUCCGACUUCUGGUCCAAGCGCAUGGGCGGUACCGUGCUUCAUGCUGGAUGAUGGCCGUCCAUUUGCUGCUGCCGUGAACUUUGACCCGAGGCAAGUAGCGGCAACAUAUGAAGACGUGCGUGUGGCGGCCCACGAGUUGGGUCAUGCUCUUGGGUUUGCAAAAGCGCAGUUUUUGAUGUUAAAUAUGAUUUCCGAGGUCCCGAACGUGCGUGGGAGGCUCGAGGUAUCUGUGAUUUCAACGCCGAAGACGAAGGCAAUGGCGCGUCAGCACCACAGCUGCCCCACGCUUGAGGGCAUUGAGCUGGAGGAAUAG